AUGCCUCUCACUGGACACUGUCUCUGCAAAGCCGUCACAUACUCGGUCGACGUCGAUGCACCCUUCGCCACCGGCUACGACCACUGCGACGAUUGCCAGCGCCAGACUGGCUCAACCUACUCUCUCGUCGCCAUCGUCCCCAGGGACAAGCUGACCAUCAACGGCCCCAUCAAGAAGUGGACCGGCAAGGCCGACUCUGGAAACAAUGUCGACCGACUCUUCUGCUCCGAGUGCGGCUCUCCCAUCGCCCACGAGCCUGCAGGUAACCGAGCCAUUAGCGUUCUCAAAGCCGGCACUCUCGAUAGCGAGAUUAAGAAGCUCUUGAAGCCUGACACCGAAAUCUGGACUGCCAGCAAAUUGCCUUUCUGCCAGGAGAAUCUGCCCAAAUCUUUCAAGUUCAUGCCAGAGUAA